AUGUGGUUCUACUGGAAGGCCGGGGUGCUGAAGUACCUGCAGCAGCACCAUGACCUGGCCGCCGUGCGCCUGCACGGCUCCAGCAGCGGCGCUAUGGUGGCGGUCCUGGCGGCCAGCGGCGUGGACCUGGAGCGAGCGGCGGAGCGGGCCGGCGAGGUGUUCACAGAGCACGGGGUGCACGACAGGCUGUUUGGCCUGCUUGGGGUGUGGGGCUCCAUUGCGCGGCGCUGCCUGGAGGAGCUGCUUCCAGAGGAUGCCCACACGCGGUGCACCGGCCGUGUGCGGCUGCGCAUCACCGCCUGGCCGUCGCUCAGCCCGCUCUUCCUGGAGCGCUUCCACUCCAAGGCCGACCUCAUUGAUGCGUGCAUGGCCUCUAGCCACCUCCCCUUCCUGCUGGACGGCCGCCUGGCCGCGAGGGUCAGGGGCGUGAAGGCCAUGGAUGGCGCCUUCUGCCGCUGGGCGUGGAUGAUGCGGCAGCCGGGCGGCCUGCGCCGCCUGCUGAGUCUUGGCGUGGGCACCAUCGGUGGGGACCCCGUGCCGAGCGCCGCGCCGCAGGCGCUGGAGGCGCGGGAUGCGCGGCCUCCGUCAGCGCGGCAGCAGGCGGGCGCAGCACAGCAUGCUGCGGCCUCCUUCAUGCUGGAUUACACCUUUGAUGAGGCGCUGGGGCCCCUCAGGCUGCGGUUUGGGGCGGUGCGGCUGCGCACCGCAGAGGGGCUGCAGCAGCUGGUGCGGAGCGGCUUCGAGUACGGCCAGCGGCUGCACACGCAGGGCGUGUGGGCGACGUGGCUGGGCGGGGCGCCCCCUUCGCGGCAAAGCACAUGA